AUGGGAAGGGAACCGGAUGGACAUGUGCGCGAGCUCGGAUCAGGCGAGGUCUUGCAGGCGGUGCCAUCAUGCAGAGGAGCAUUCGUCCCCCCAGGUUUUUGCUCUCGAGUACCUUGGGUAACACUACUGCCCAGCAACAGAAUUUUCCAAAAAAUAAACAAGCCAAAAUUUCCCAAACCGGAUCACGAAUAA